GGAUCCCCAGUCUUUGCAAAAUCUCAGUCAGUGACUAAAAGCUCUGUGACACUGUCUUUAGAUGUGAGAGGACAUCAGACUUCAGUCUCUCAGAGGUCUUCUAGUGCACGGUUAGCAUAGGAAACCUUUUAUGGAUGUGUUGUAAUCAGCAGGGUGAGACUGCACUACCGACUGAUGUUACGACACCGCGGGACGUUAGCUUACUCACUUUUUCACAGGCCGACCCGAAAAUGUAUUCAGGCCUGCGCUGCCGGCUUGAGCUCUGAAGUGACUCCAGAGUUUUAUCAGACUCAGUGAGCUCUGUGACGCUCCUCCCUGCUCUGCAGCAGUUAUUACUCCACCGAUUCACAGUUUUACUGCUUUAUUUCUCCUCUGUGCUCCAGUUUGAGCUCAACUCUCCACUCAGUCACAGCACAGUGCGAAUAAUGGAGAAAACACCAGUUUAUGGCUUUGCUGCUCCAGCUUAUGCUCCACCUGCAGCCCCACCUGGACUGGAAUACCUCUCACAGAUUGAUCAGAUUUUGGUCCACCAGCAGGUCGAGCUUCUUGAAGCGAUCAUCGGCUUUGAGACGAAUAACCGGUAUGAAAUAAAGAACAGUUUGGGUCAGAAGAUCUACAGCGCCAAGGAGCAGAACGACUGCUGCACCCGGAACUGCUGCGGCCCGCUGAGGAGCUUCGACCUCAAAAUCACUGACCACAAUGAACAGGAAGUGAUUCACCUCGUUAAACCAUUCCGAUGCACUUCCUGCUGGUGCCCCUGCUGUCUGCAAGAGAUGGAGGUCCAGGCUCCUCCGGGGAAUACAAUCGGAUUCGUGGUUCAGAACUGGCACCCAUUCCUGCCCAAAUUUUCUGUGCUGGGGGCUUCGCAUGAGCCGCUGCUGACCAUCGAGGGGCCACUGUGCACCAUCAGCUGCUGCGGAGACGUUGACUUUGAUGUGAAAGGUAAGGACGGCUCUGUGAUUGGCCGGAUCAGUAAGCAGUGGAGUGGACUGAUUAAAGAGUCACUGACCGACGCCGAUAACUUCGGUAUCAACUUCCCUCUCGACCUGGACGUCAGAAUGAAGGCCGUUCUGCUGGGAGCCUGUUUCCUCAUAGAUUUCAUGUUCUUCGAGAGCACCGGAGACUCGGGUCAGCGGUGCAGUGUGUUCGGAUGAAGAUGAAAGACUUUUACUGUGCUUCAUACUCUGGAGUAUGAGAGUAAUUAGAGUAAUAAUUGGUUAUAAUAAAUACUUAAUUCUUAAUUCACAUUGUUAUAUUUCAUUAAUUGAAUAUAUACCUGAAUGUUUAUGUUUAAUUUUUAAGAGAACUGUGCUGUAUUGUAAGUUCAGGGUCUUAUUUAUACAGUCUUUAUAACUGUGUUAAAUAUCUGUGAACUAUAAUUUAACUAUUACUGUAAUUGUGCUGUUUUUGGUGUCUUAAUAAAGAAUUUAAUUCCCCCUAA